AGGCCCGUGGCGCCGGCAGGAUGGGCAAGUGUCGCGGUCUCCGUACUGCCAGGAAGCUCCGCAGCCACAGACGAGAUCAGAAGUGGCAUGAUAAACAGUACAAGAAAGCUCAUUUGGGCACAGCCCUGAAAGCCAACCCUUUUGGAGGCGCUUCCCAUGCAAAAGGAAUUGUGCUGGAAAAAGUAGGGGUUGAAGCCAAGCAGCCAAAUUCUGCCAUCAGGAAGUGCGUCAGGGUCCAGCUGAUCAAGAAUGGCAAAAAAAUCACAGCCUUUGUACCCAACGAUGGUUGUUUGAAUUUUAUUGAGGAAAACGAUGAGGUUCUGGUUGCUGGAUUUGGUCGCAAAGGUCAUGCUGUUGGUGACAUUCCUGGAGUUCGCUUUAAGGUUGUCAAAGUAGCCAAUGUCUCUCUUUUGGCCUUAUACAAAGGCAAGAAGGAAAGACCAAGAUCAUAAGUUUUGAUGGUGAAAACA